CACGGUAAUUAAACCGACGGUAUGAAUUGGCAACCCAAAUGAAUUUACAUACUUGUGUAAAUUAUCACUCGAGAAUUUUUUUAAUCAAAAAUUUUGACAUGGCCAAUUAUGUUAUAAUCUUCUCUGUUGUCGCCCUUGCAGUGCAGAUGCACCUAUUUCUAGGUGAAGCAGCUACAUUUACAAUAGCAAACAACUGCGGCUACAUUGUGUGGCCGGUCAUACAAAGCACCAACGGGGCUAGCUUGAAUGAUGGAUUUUCCCUGACCAAUGGUUCUACUAGGGUCAUAAUCAUUAAUAUAAGUUCGACGGGUAGGCUUUGGGGGCGAACCCAUUGCACAACCAAUAGCUUGACAGGAAACUUCUCAUGCCUAACAGGUGAUUGCGGCACUGGCAAGAUGGAUUGCCAGGGAAGGCCUUACACAUCCCCAGUAACUUUGGUCGAGUUUGCUACUAACCAGAUUAAUAACUAUGACUUUUACGAUAUUAGCGUUGUUGACGGCUACAACCUCCCGGUGGCGAUGGCUCCCUCUUCAAAAGGUGGCAUCAAAAGCCGCUGCGCCGUGACAGGUUGUGUGUUCAACUACGACCACGGAUGUCCUGACGAAUUAAAGGUGACCACCAAUCAAACUGUAAUUGGGUGUAGAAGUCCGUGUGAUGUAUUUCAUACGAACGAGUCUUGCUGUACGAAUGCGAACGACUGUCGAAGUAAUAGCUUCUCACUUGGGUCGCUAAUAUUCAAGAAGGCUUGCCCACGCGCUUACAGUUAUACUUUGGAUGAUCAAACAUCUACCUUUGACUGUCCCGGUGAUCAGACAUCGUAUGAAAUUACCUUCUGCCCGUCACUAACCCUUGCAAGUGCGGUAUCUCAACCAUUACAAUCACCAUCAUCCUCGCCAUCGGUAUCACCAUCAUCACUGCCAACGCCAAAAACACCUACAACAAAUUCUUCCCCUACAAAUAUAUUUCCAAGGAAUACCACGAAGCCUCGUUUGAAAAGUGUUUCUAAGAGGAAGCGUACUAUUCUAUUGAUUGCCUUAUCAAUAUCGAUCGCAUUAUCAAUUUUGUUGUUGUAUGGAAUUUGGACUUGUAUAUUCAAGAGGAAAGUCAUCAAAACAACUACUAGUUCGGAGGUGUCUGAGAUAAAAAAGGUUGUAGUGGACUCUUUGCAAUAUGACCUAAAUACAAUUCGAAUUGCAACAAACAAUUUCGCAGCAGAAAACAAACUCGGAGAAGGAGGAUUUGGUGAAGUUUACAAGGGAAAAAUUGAGAAUGGGCAGGAAAUUGCUGUCAAAAGGCUAUCCAAAAACUCGGGACAAGGAGUUGUAGAGUUUAAAACUGAAGUUGAUGUAGUUGCAAAACUUCGACACAAGAACUUGGUCAAGCUCUUGGGAUUUUGUGUAGCAUUGGAAGAAAAGAUACUUGUCUAUGAGUUUCUCCCAAAUUCUAGUUUGGACAGAUUUUUGUUUGAUCAAACAAAGAACGUAUCUUUGGAUUGGCAAACAAGGUUCAAGAUUAUAAUUGGUAUUGCUAAAGGGCUAUUAUAUCUUCAUGAAGACUCCCCACUUAAGAUCAUUCAUCGAGACCUAAAAUCAAGUAACGUAUUACUAGAUGAUGAUAUGAACCCAAAGAUAUCGGAUUUUGGCCUCGCUAAACUAUUUGGUGUCGAUCAAACUCAAGGUGACACUAAAAGGAUCGUUGGAACAUAUGGUUAUAUGGCUCCUGAAUAUGCAAUAACAGGACAUUACUCAGUAAAGUCGGAUGUUUUUAGUUUUGGAGUCUUAGUUCUUGAGAUUGUGAGCGGUCAAAGAAAUAGAUUUUUUGGACGAUUGCAGCUUGAAGAAGCAUUACUACACCGUGCAUGGAGGUUGUGGAAUGAGGAGAAGACAUUAGAUUUGGUAGAUACAACAUUGGACAGCUUUCCAAUCGACGAAGUAACUAAAUGCAUCCAUAUUGGUCUUUUAUGCAUUCAAGAAGAAGCUGUCGUAAGGCCAAGAAUGGCCUCUAUUGUUGCUGCCCUUAAUGGACAAGCACUUAGUCUUCCAGUGCCGAAACCACCCCAUUUCUUUGGUACUGAUAAUAAUGUAGAAGAUAAUGAGAUGCAAUAUAAUUUUCAAGAUGUAUACACAGGUACUACAUCGAUUACAGAAUUGUAUCCUCGCAACUAGCCUGCUUUGUUCUUUCAUUUUUUUUCCUUACAUUGCACUAAUACGAGAGAAAGAAUAUCAACAUUUUAUAAUUUUUGGUAUCAUGUAAUUAAUGAUACGGACUAGUGAUAGUAAAGGCAUGUCUUAAAAAUCGUGUAAAUGUACUACAUCAUGGUACCGAGGAAAUGUUAUAGUCCAAAUGAUAAGGGAAUAGAUAAUGUAUUUCUCAUUAUUUUUUUAUUCUGUAAUUGCAAAGUAGUG